AUGGCGGACCUACAGGAUCAGGAAGAGCAGAUCAGGCGACGCCAACGAGGCAUAGCCUUCUUCGACCACGGAGACAGCUCGCCUCUCGAGAAAGCCUCCACGCCUCGAGGUGUGAGAUAUCGAACUGCCUCGGCAGAGAUUGCAGUCCAAGUCGUGCGAUACAUGAUCCUCGCCCUCCGCGGCCUGCUCAUCCUCCUCGCAACAGCCAUAAUCUUGGGCAUCGGUCUUCGAGGUAUCGGCAAAUCCUGCUCACACCUCCCAUCACGCACGCCAGGCUGCCGCAGUGCUCUGAUCAAAUCGACAACUCCCUACCUCAGCACUUUCAAGAAUGGCACAACACCAUUGACAGGCACCUUCACCGAGCUCACCAACAUCGUCCACAUGGGCCCCUCGCUCUCCGUCCUCGGCACAGCCAUGCACCUCGCCAGCGCCAACUUCUCCUCCACCCACGACGAACUGAAAGCUUUCCCCGAGCUUUACCAAACCAACUCCACCAACCUCGAUAACCUGACCGACAUCAUGGGUGCCGCGAUCGGCGCGGCGGAACUUUUCAGCCGCUCGGAUUUCUCCUACCGUGAUCAGAGUCUCCUCUGGGGACGCAACGCAGUGGAGUCGAUCGGAAAAAUGGUCGACACCUACAUCCACGCCCUGAACGAAACCAGUACCCUAACCUGGUCCGCCGUGGAGCAAACUCUCCACCGUAUCCCGUUCGGCGCCCGCCGCACUCCUUCCUACGAUAUCGCACAUACUUACUUCUAUUUCGGCGGACACCAAUGGCUUGAAAUCGAGCAGUUGGUUUAUAUGGCCAAUGACUCCUCGAUAGCUUUGAGCGGCUUGAUCACAGAGCUAGACAAACUCUCGCAGCACGUCGAACGCGUCUCGGCCGAGAACAAGAAACUCUGCACCGGCUACGACCGCACCUCCAACUCCACCUCUACCUCUACCAACUCCACCCUCGCCUCCCUCUGCCACUUGGACCCAUCCCUCCAACUCCCAAAACUCCGCUCCAUCCGCUCCGCCUCGAACUGGUCCCGUUCCGUGGUCGAGAAGGCUCUCGCUCACUACUUUCGCGCCCUCUCAUCUAUCAAAAUUCCCACCAACGCGUUGCAGCUCGAUGUCAAGGGGUAUGAAUCUCUCAUCCCAGCCAAGGGAACCGUUUCAACGAAGAAGUUGAAGAGGCUGUUGAUGACGGAGGAGUCUCAGUUGAUGGAGUUUGCGAAGGCGGCGCAUAAGGGGGAGGCGUUGAUGAGCAGGCUGGGGAGGACGUUGACGAAUGGGAAUAGUGUGAAGAAGUUGCAUGAGGCGGUUGAUGCGGCGGUUGUUAAGGGGGAGGGUGGGGGCCAUAGGUGGUGGGGUGAGGAGCAUGAGGAGUUGUAG